AUUGCAAAUUGGAAAGCCUGCCCGUCCCCGUCUUUUCUCUUCACUCACACAAAGAUAAAAUCUCAAUCUGGUAAAAUCGAUUACGAGCAGCAAUUGAUUGAUUGAUUGAUGAUGCUAUGCUCUCCUCUAGGGCACACACUUCUUUUUCCUUGUGGGCCUCGUAAUUGACCCUCUUCUUCUUCUCCUCAUGGAAUCUCCUUCCUUCGCUCCGCCUCUCCUUUGGAAUCAGAGUUUCAGGUAAUGCUAGAGAAAAGUCUCAGUUGAUCACACUCUACAAGCAACAACUUGAUUGAGUUCCGUAAUGGCUCGUAAAGGAAGCCAUCAGAAGAACGGAGUUGUAGUAGCAGAUCACAACCAAACCAAGCCAAAGAAGAAAUCUCCCGACUCUCUCCCCUCUAAAAAGGGACAAGGGAAACCUACUGAAGCAGCGGACACUCUCCUGAAACACAACUCCCAUGAUGAUACAAGAAGUAGUGAAACUUCGGAGAUAGGCAUGGAUCAUGCAGUUAAGGAGGAUACAGAGACUGGUUUAGCUGGAGAUGAUAAUAACAACGAACCUGGCUGUACAACCGGAGAGACUAGAUAUACUCGUGAACACAUCAGCGGUCUUAUGAGAAGCUUGCUGGAUAUUCUGAGCACCAACAGCCCCUCUGAGAACAUCGGGCUAGCGUACAAUGCAGCAAUCAGGAGACUGAGGGUACCCGCCGCUACCGUGUCGAGGGAAGUGAACCAGUGGAUGGAGAGAAACAGGCCUCUGAUGGUUUCCGUCAAGUCACGAGUGUGUAGAGCCCGCGACCUUGUUACGAAGAAGAUCCGGAUGGCGUGUCCCGUUGUGUUCAAAUGGCUUAUGCACUUUGGCAGCGUGAUUCUUCUUCUAUCUUUGGUUUGGUUGGACUGCGCAAUCCGAGGGUUUGACUCUUUCAUCAGGAUGGGGACAGCAUCGUUUUUCUCAGUCAUGUGGUGUGGUGUCUUUGCAGCGUUUUCCAUGAUCGGCAUGACCAAGUUUCUACUGAUGUCGGUUGCAACUGUUCUAGUGUCCUUGUUCAUUGGAUUUGUAGUUGGGUCCAUUACCCUUGCCGUUUCUAGUUUGGUUUUCCUGUGGCUAUAUGGUAGCUUCUGGACAACACUGCUCUUCCUCUUCGUCGGAGGUCUGGCAUUCAUGACGAAGCACGAGCGCAUUGCACUGUUUGUCCUCACAGUGUACUCAGUCUAUAGCGCAUGGAGUUAUGUCGGAUGGCUAGGUCUUCUUUUGGCUUUUAAUCUUGCUUUCAUCUCGACGGAUGCUCUUAUAUAUUUCUUCAAGGACAAAAUAAACCAGCAGAGCACAGAUGAUGGACCCACUGAGCCUUUAAAUGGCUCCUCUUUUGAAAACGGCCAUGGCUUUCCUGGAGACCGUGGCCCAGGAGUCCCUUCAACUAGCGGAACAGACUCUGAGUUAACAUCUGAAGGUGAAGUUGCUCGGUUACUGAACUGCGCUGACCACUACUCAGCUUUAGGCGUACCUCGGUAUGGGAACGUUGACGUGGCUUAUAUCAAGCGAGAAUAUAGGAAGAAGGCGAUGCUGGUACAUCCUGAUAAGAAUAUGGGGAAUGAGAAAGCAGCCGAAGCUUUUAAGAAACUUCAGAAUGCCUAUGAGGUGUUGCUUGAUUCUAUAAAACGGAAAUCAUAUGACGAUGAACUAAAGAGAGAAGAAAUACUCAACUACUUCCGAAGGUUUCAGAAUUCUUCUCAAAGGGACACUCGGGGACAGGGUUUUGGAAGCUCAGAAGGUGAAGGAGAGGAAGCUUUAAGAGAGUGUAGACAAAUAGCGUGUAAAAAAUGUGGCAAUCUCCAUGCCUGGUUUCUAACAAAGAAAUCAAAAUCUAGAGCAAGAUGGUGCCAGGAUUGUAAGGACUUUCACCAAGCAAAAGAUGGAGAUGGUUGGGUUGAACAAUCUUCACAGCACGUCUUGUUCGGUUUGAUUCAAAAGGUUGAUCUGCCGCGUGCUUACGUGUGUGCAGACAGCAAAGUAUAUGAAGCUUCUGAGUGGUAUAUCUGUCAGGGAAUGAGAUGUCCUGCGAACACCCACAAGCCGAGUUUCCAUGUGAACACAAACGUGACAGGUGCAAAACGAGGAACAAGUGGUUCAUCAGGGCAAAGAGGAAACCAUAGAAUGCCAAAUGCAAACAUGGAUGAGGCAAUGACAGAGGAAGAGUUCUACGAGUGGUUGCAGAACGCCGCACAAGCCGGUAUGUUUGAUAGUGCCGCCGAGAGCCCUACUUCUGCAGCUGCCAGUAGUACUAGUAGUAGCAGCAGCAGCAGCAGCAAGAAGAAGAAAAAGGGAAAAAAGCAAUGGUGAAAGAAAACAGAGCAACUGUUGUUUGAAUACUAUUAUAUAAGAUGGUGAAAAUUUUGCACCCUUUUUUUCUUCUGAGAAAUUAAACUUUUACUUUUGAAAACUUUUAAUUCAUACAGAGAAAAAAGCUCUCAACAGAAGCUGAUUGAUAGAUUAAAGUUUAUUGUC